AUGGAUCUUUCGUAUGCAUCUGCUGUCGGACAGCAGAAGAAGAAGGGAAGCAAGGUGCGAUCCUUCCGGUGCAGUAACAUGGGUCACUACGCACGUGAGGUCACGCGUGUCUACAACGGACACGCGGUGCUGAGGACUGCAGCCCCCAGUGAGAGGGAAUCUCACUGCAAGGUGCAAGAUGACAUGCCUAACCUUGUCAUCUUGAAGGUGAAGUCGAUGACGAAGAGAGCGGACUCUCUUCGGGUGUUGGUGGACUCGGGCGCGUCGAACAACUUUGUUCGACAGCAGAGGCUGCCGUUGAUGGACUUCGAGGAGAAGCGUGUGCCUCGAAGUCAACUGGAAGUACGAUUGGCAACGGGUGCCAUCGUGAAAACUGAGAAGCGCGUGAUUCGCGCACGCUUCUCGUACAAACACCGGGUGUUUGUAGAAGAGCUUCUCGUCCUGGACUUGGACGACAGGUUCGACAUGGUUCUGGGCAUGCCGUGGCUUACACGGCAUGAUCCAACAAUCGACUGGGAGAAGCGUACGGUCAGACAGUGGCUCCCCCCGCUGUCUCCAGUCUCAGCGCGAAGAGCGCGCGAGCUGUAA